AUGAACUUGCGGACCGCGGCGGCGGCGGCGGCAACAACAUCGGCAAGUACCGCUGAUGCCGCUACACCUGCUGAGACACGUGCAGAAACUACAUCCCAAACAUCAGUCGAGAGUGCGCCGACGUCCCACUCGACAACUUCCCUAUCUACCUCUGAAUCUACGACGUCCGAAACGACAUCUUCAUCGACAUCCUCUACAUCGGAAUCCACGUCUUCUCUAACGAUACCCACAGAGCCAACCACGACAAGUAGUACAUCGAGCACAUCUCCACUUACUACCCAGGCCCCUUCUACUACCUCUUCCACUACUUCUUUCACAACUGCGAGUCCCGAUGUUGUCACUACGGUCGUUACGCAGACACCAACUGAUGGAGCUACCGGGGUCGAGACACUGACCAUAACGUCCACCGAUACGUCAGUCCCGAAUCAUACAGCUGCAACCGCGGCCGAUGGACUUUCUACUACAGCCAGCAGAUCAUCAGAAACAUCAUCUCCUGGUUCUAGCGGAAGCGGUAGCUCUGGGCUUUCGGCUGGCGGCACCAUUGCAGUCGCCGUUGUUGUACCGGUCGCCUCUGUGGCCAUAAUUAUACUCGCUGCUCUGUACUUUUGGAGAAAAUGGAAAGCGAAGAAAGCAGCGGAAGAAGAACGGAGGAAAGAAGUGGAGGAGUAUGGGUUCAACCCGAAUAAUGAUCCUUCACUACCCCCAGUCAUGGGUGGUGGUGCCUUUGAGCCGAAAGAUGACACUUCCGGAUACCGAGGAUGGGGGACGACAUCGGCUGGACGUAAAGCAUCUACCAAUCUGUCAAGUAGUGCUGGAGUUGGUCUCGCAAUGUCCGAGGCUGGAAGUGCACCUGGCUACCAUCAUGCUGCUACUCCAAGCGACGGUACUAUCCAGUAUUCCGAAGGACAGGGUGCACUGGAAGAGACCGAACCAAUUGGGGUUCUAGGUGCUGCUCCGGUGGCUGCGGCGAACAACCGAAAUGUUGACAUCCACCGUGGUCCUUCGAACGCGUCGUCGGCAUACUCUGCAGCUAACCGAUCGGAAGCAUCUGACGAGAGCCACAUGUCUGCCACUCACCCUGCAGGCCCUUUCUAUGACGACAACCCAUACUAUACUGAUAUGCAGCCACAAUAUGGCGCAUAUGGUGACAGUCCUUAUGGCGGCGCUCCGCCUGUCAUCCGUGAUGUACAAGCACGGCGCAAUACAAGGAUUGAGAGCCCUGCCGUGUUCCCCAGACAAGGGAAUGCUGGCAUUGCGCAGAAUUUUUAA